CCGCCACAAUCCAUAAAUCACCGCUCCUCCACCACUACACUCCUUCCUCGCCGUACCCACGAUAUGGUGUAGAUGUUACCCGGUGGCGCCGACGACAACCACCUCCAACUGCCGGAGCGGGCGACGGAAGCCGAGCCGACGCCCCGGGUGCUGACCAUCCUGUCCUCGGUGCUGGAGAAGCUGGUGGCUCGCAACGACCGGCUGGCGGUGAGCUUGUCGGAGGAGACGGAGGAGCAGGGGCUGAGCUGGGGCUGCGCCGCCCCGGUAGGGAAGAGCCUGGACGCGUUUCAUGGCGUGAGGGCGCCGAGCAUCAGCAUAGGGAAGUACCUGGAGAGGAUUUACAAGUACACGAAUUGUAGCCCGGCUUGCUUUGUGGUUGGCUACGUGUAUAUAGACCGGCUGCUUCACCGGCAUCCCGACUCGCUCGUUCUCUCUCUCAACGUCCAUAGGUUGCUCGUCACCAGCGUCAUGGUCGCCUCUAAGAUGCUUGACGAUGUGCAUUACAACAACGCAUUCUACGCUCGAGUUGGGGGAGUGAGCAAUGUGGAGCUGAACAAGCUGGAGCUGGAGCUGCUCUUCCUGCUGGACUUCGGAGUUUCAGUAAGCUCCCGGGUCUUCGAGAGCUACUGCCUCCACUUGGAGAGGGAGAUGCUUCUCGCCGCCCAGAAGCUCCAAAAGCCCCCGCCGCCGUCGUCCAAUGGCCCCACCGCCCUCCAGAACCAGAAGCCGCCGGAAGAUGCUCGGAGCUCUCCAGCUCCGUCAAUGGCGGACUGACCUCACUUUUGCUUCAUACAUGAUACAUCCAUCUCGUUUGUAGUUCUUGCUUAUUUGCUUGUUUCGUGGAACGAUCAUAACAACAGAGCCUCCUGAUCAGCCAAAAUUAGAGUAUGAUUAAUUCUAAUUUUAGUAA